CUUCCAAGAGAAUUAUAAUCUUUUAAUUCCGCGAAAUUGGUGUAGCUUCUGUUCCACCAGAGAGUACAGAGAGAGAGAGAGAGAGAGGGAGAAACUAAGUUGUAGAAGGAAAAACAAUAGAGAAAUAAAUUGUUAGAUCUCAGAAAAGUAUUCAUUCUGGAAUUCAAGAUUUAGUUAUCUUCUUCUUCUCCUCCUAUCUUCUUCUGUAUAUCAAAGUCGGUGAAUUUCAUAAUGGAGAUUUAUCGAUCUUCCAGGUUUCACUUCUGCGUCUCAGUGAUUCUUCUUCUGUCUAUUCACCAUGCAUCUUCUUUUUAUUUACCUGGUGUUGCACCUGAGGAUUUCACUAAGGGUGAUCUGUUGAAGGUGAAAGUGAACAAGUUGACCUCUACGAAAACACAACUUCCCUACUCCUACUAUUCUAUUCCAUAUUGUAGCCCAGAAUCUAUUGUUGACAAUGCAGAGAAUCUUGGGGAAGUUCUUCGCGGGGAUCGUAUUGAAAACUCUCCGUAUGUGUUUAAAAUGAGGGUACCAGAGAUGUGUAAUAUUAUCUGUCGCAAAACCCUGGAUGCAAAAUCUACCAAGGAAUUUAAGGAAAAGAUAAGCGAUGAGUAUCGUGUCAAUAUGAUCUUGGAUAAUCUUCCAUUGGUUGUUCCAACAAGAAGACUAGAUCAGGAAUCUGCAAUAAUGUACCAACAUGGGUACCUCGUUGGGCUUAAGGGAAAAUAUUCUGGAAGCAAGGAGGAAAAACAUUUUAUUCAUAACCACUUGCAAUUUACUGUCAAGUAUCACAAGGAUCCAGCAACAGAUCUUUCAAGAAUCGUUGGGUUUGAGGUGAAACCAUUCAGUGUGAAGCAUGAAUAUGAAGGUGAAUGGAAUGAGAAAACACGUUUGACAACUUGUGACCCUCAUGCAAAACGAACAGUUAGUAGUUCAGAUUCCCCACAAGAGGUAGAAGAAAAUAAGGAGAUCAUUUUUACGUAUGACGUCGAGUUCCAGGAAAGCGAUAUCAAGUGGGCUUCUCGAUGGGAUACAUAUCUUCUUAUGGCUGAUGACCAAAUUCACUGGUUUUCUAUUGUCAACUCUCUCAUGAUUGUUCUAUUUCUCUCCGGUAUGGUAGCUAUGAUCAUGCUACGAACUCUGUACCGUGACAUUUCUAAAUACAACCAGCUUGAAACCCAAGAAGAAGCCCAAGAAGAGACCGGGUGGAAACUGGUCCAUGGUGAUGUCUUUAGGCCGCCAACAAACUCGGACCUGCUUUGCGUCUAUGUCGGGACUGGUGUGCAGUUUUUUGGAAUGAUACUUGUCACUAUGAUGUUUGCAGUAUUAGGUUUUCUCUCCCCCUCAAACCGUGGUGGGCUAAUGACUGCUAUGCUUCUACUAUGGGUUUUCAUGGGUCUGUUCGCUGGUUAUGCCGCGGCUCGUCUGUACAAGAUGUUUAAGGGAGCUGAAUGGAAGAAACUCACACUCAAAACUGCUUUCAUGUUUCCAGCUAUUGUAUUUGCCAUUUUCUUCGUCUUGAAUGGUUUGAUCUGGGGUGAGAAAUCCUCUGGUGCAGUCCCAUUCGGCACCAUGUUUGCUCUCGUCUUCCUGUGGUUUGGAAUUUCAGUUCCGCUUGUCUUCGUGGGUAGUUACAUCGGUUUCAAGAAGCCGGCAAUAGAGGACCCUGUCAAAACGAACAAAAUCCCAAGGCAGAUCCCAGAGCAGGCCUGGUACAUGAACCCCACCUUCUCAGUCUUAAUUGGAGGAAUCCUUCCAUUUGGAGCUGUCUUUAUUGAACUCUUCUUCAUCCUGACCUCAAUCUGGUUGAAUCAAUUCUAUUACAUCUUCGGAUUCCUCUUCAUCGUUUUCAUUAUCCUUGUGGUAACUUGCGCCGAGAUCACAAUUGUGCUUUGCUACUUCCAGCUUUGUAGUGAAGAUUAUCUUUGGUGGUGGAGAUCAUAUUUAACUUCAGGUUCCUCCGCUCUAUACCUCUUCCUUUAUGCCACAUUCUAUUUCUUCACAAAACUUGAAAUCACAAAGCCUGUCUCCGGAGUAUUGUAUUUCGGCUACAUGACCAUUGUUUCCUACGCAUUCUUUGUCUUAACUGGAACGAUUGGUUUCUAUGCAUGUUUCUGGUUCACAAGGCUCAUUUAUUCAUCGGUGAAGAUUGACUGAUUUGUUGAACCUGGUCAGGCAAACAGGUCAUUUUGUAAGUGUUUUGUAGAAGAAGAUACCAAGUUCAUGUCCGACCCUGUGCACAUUAAAUCAGCAGAGAUUUUGCAAAGCAUCUUGGAUUCAGUUUUGGAUACUAAAGGUGGGUUCUGGAAUCUGUUCUUAGAAAUUGUUUUUACCUUUUGGGAUACAUAUUAUUAGGGAGCAAUAGUUGUUUCUCUCACUUUCUUCUUUGUUUGUCUUAGCUUUUCUGUUUCACGAAUUCUCGGAUGACUUAUCUCCAAUUCCAUAAUCCCUUGCAAUGAUUUUGGAAAGACUAAAUGGAUUGCAGAUGUCUGCAGACAUUUGAUUGAAUGUUUACACAUUAUAUUAACAGAUGAAUUUAUUGUUAGAUAAAUUCUUUUUUCUUUUGAUGCAA